GUUUAGGGCUGGAUGGUGCUAGCACUGUUCCCAGAUAUCAGACCCCCGCCCCGCUGAGCCCCGCAGUUAGACCCGCCCCACGCUCCUCCCCGGGCGCUCUAAGGACGCUGAAACCCUCAUCUGGUCAGCUUGGAGCUCUGGGUCGCCAGUUCCAGGCGCCCUCCACCCCUCCUCACAUCAGCCUUGGGCCUGCAGCCUGAGUCACUUACCCCGCCAUGCCCAACCCGGACCACCUCUAACCAAGGCUCCCGCCGCGCUCACCUCCUGCCCUGCGCCCUCACCAAGAACUGGUUCCUACUUUUCUUUCCUGAUUUUCUGAGGUACAUGUAACGCCCAGGAAAAAAGUACCUUUAGUUCAUUUUUACCUCAGCAUUGAACCACAGAAAAAAUACUCCCUUUUGUGUCCUUAAAUCUCUUCUGGGCAUCCUUCCACUCCUGUGACAAAGAAUAGUGGGCUGGGAGACAGCCACGCGUGUCCAGGUGGAAGAAGGAGAAGUGCCUACAGGAAGAUAGUAGGGUCUGGAACCAGAUCCAAGGACAAGUGCUAUCAAAAAGCACACAUCCACUGAUCUAGAAAAGGUCUUUGGUUUGGAAAGCAGGGUCAGCAAAUACUGUGCUGUGUCUUUAAGAAGAGGCUCACUUUAUGGGAGGUGCACUUGUCACUCAGGCAACACACUACCCAAUCAGGAACUCCAGGUAAUUUGCCAGUCAGAAAUGGUGGAGGGCGCUUCCUGGUUCCAGCUUGGCAGUGAAGUGGAAGUGGAGCCAGUCUUGUGUGCUGUUCAACUAAAACUCCUCCAGGAAACUGCGUGGAGCGCUUGUGAAAGCAAGGAAACCCGACAUGGAUGCAGUGACCUAUGAUGAUAUGCAUAUUGAUUUUACUUGGGAAGAGUGGACUUUGCUGAAUCCUUCCCAGAAGAAUGUCUACAAAGAUGUUAUGCUGGAGACCUACAGGAAUCUCACUAUUAUAGGCAUGAAGGAAGUCAAACUGGAGGGAAAACUGCCAUAUACCUUCAAAGUAUUAAAGCCAUUGCAUGUGUCAGUGAUCUUCAAAGGCAUAACAGAACUAAUCCUAGGGAGAAACCAUAUGAGUGUAAGCAAUGUGUAAAGCCCAUUGCAUGUCCCAAAAGACAUCCAAAUCAUAAAAGAACAUAUACUGGAGAGAAACCCUUUGAAUGCCAUCAGUGUGGUAAAGCCUUUGCACGUCACA